AUGGCAGAGAAAGGUCCUUUCGAGACGACUGACAUCAUUGUAUGCGGCUGUGGGCCAACUGGCGCCAUGGUGUCAGUGCUUUUGAGUCAGUACUCCAUACAGCAUGUUGUACUCGAACAAGACAGCGAAGUGAAUGCAGACCCACGCGGUAUCGCACUCGAUGAAGAUGGCAUCCGCUACCUCCAGGCAUGUGGAAUAUACGAAAAAAUAUUCACAGAGAUAGGCCAGUGUAUGGGUAAUUUCAGAUUUAUCGACAAGGAUCAUCAUGACCUUACCAGGAGACCAUUCAUGAUGAUGGAUUACAGCACGACUGAAGGUGGUACUGGCCAUCCAGGCUUCAUGUGCCAUAAACAGCCAUACGUUGAGAAGCACCUAAGGUCACAAAUAACGACACUGGGUGUAGGCAAAAUGUAUCUGGGAGCACGUGUCACAUCUAUCUGGGAAGAUGAAGAUUGGGUAUACGCGCGAUACACCGACACAUUUAAUCAAGAUCAUGCCGUUCGCGGCAAAUUUCUCGUCGGUGCAGAUGGCAAGACAGGCUUCACGCGUAAACAGUACUUGGAGCCUCGAGGCAUCACCUUGGAUCAGGCCAUGAAGAUGCCGUACGAGGAAGAUUGGGUUGCCCUCAACUGGAAGAUCUCCCUUCCUUCGCCCGAGACACAUCCCGAUUUUCCCCUUUGGGAGAAGGGGUAUACACCUCAAGAAGUGUACGAUGAAUUUUUUCCUACGGACUUCCGAUUCAUGUGCAACCAUGUCCGACCUGCUGUUUGUGGUCGUUUUGGUCUUGAUAGCGACAGACUUUGGCGCUUCGAGUUUGUGGUUCGGUCAGGUGAAGACCCAGGUGACAUGGCAAAGCCAGACCAGAUUGCAAGGGUCGUUCACCCCUAUAUAACGCACCCGGGGAGUCGCUAUGGACUCACAACGAAGCAAAUCCAAUACCCGCUAGAUUGUGUAGAGGUUCUUCGUUGUAGACCAUUCAGGUUCUCGGCAAGAAGCUGCAAUAAGUGGUCGCUUGGUCGAGUCAUUCUCUGCGGAGACGCUGCUCAUGUUUUCCCUCCGUUUGGAGGCCAAGGAAUCGCGUCAGCGUUUCGAGAUGCCAUCUCAAUCGUGUGGCGUCUGCAUAUAGCAACCAAUGCUUCUUCUAGAAGCCAUGUUACGUUGGACUACCAGACACUAUUCGAAGGCUGGUAUUCAGAACGAAAACAACAGCUGGACAAGUCACUUCGAUCCACCGUUGAGAAUGGCAACUAUGUCACGGAAUCUAGUCGUGUUAAAGUGUUCCUACGUGACUGGUACCUCUGGCUCAUCCAGCUCGUCCCAAGUUGGAAACACUGGCUGCAGUUGGGUAACCGCAGAGAUGGGAUGGUCAAGUAUCGGUGGCAGGCGGGAAUGGGAAUGGCCUUUUUACCUAGACUUGGCGGCGGCAGGAAUUUCCCCCAGGUCUACAUUGUUCCUGUUACAAAUACUCCACGAACCGAAAGGGUUCUCUUCACUGACGACGUCAUAUUCAGUCAUCAAAAGCAGGGCCUAUUUCAGGUGGUUGUAAUAUUACGGCCUCAGAGCAAUGUCGACAGCGUGGAGACAGCCCUUCACGGCCUCCAAGAGAUAUCAAACGGAGCCCUGAAGGAUGACGAGACCUCAAUAUUUCUUGACAGUACUCAAGCUCCCCCCUGUGACUUGAAGGGACGGAACAUCUACCGGCUCGCCACUGCCGCAGAGUUCGCUGGUGACCUAGUUCUAUGCGCAGGAAGGCCCAAGCCCAUGGGCUAUGAUCCGCAUCGUAUGUCCAAGGAAGUUGGAAACAAAACGUUUAUUAUUUUGCGACCUGAUCGAUUUGUUUUUGCGGCCUGCGAUACAAGAUCCGACUUGGCUUAUGCUGCUCAAAUGCUUGGCAAGCUCGUGGCGACUGGAACACUAUAA